AUGAGGCCGGGGCUGCUGGUGCUGGCGCUGGUGCUGGUGCUGGUGCCGGCUUCGGGGUCCCAGGUGCAGGAGGGGCACCCCAGGGAGUCCCACACCCUCAACUGGGACAAGUUUUCAGGAUUCUGGUACAUUCUGGCCACUGCCACUAACGCCCAGGGAUUCUUGCCGGCCAGGGACAAGAGGAAGCUGGGGGCGUCUGUGGUGAGGGUGCACAAAGUGGGCCAGCUCCGGGUGCUCUUCGCCUUCAGCCGGUUGAAGGGGUGCCAGUCCCAGGAGGUGACCCUGAGGAAAGACGGGAAGAAGCCGGUGUUCAGGAACACCUGUGCGUACGCGGCGGGCAGCUCCUGGGGUAAGGAUGGGGACAGACAGAAUGUUUCCAGCUUCCAGAGUCUGAAGGAGUUCAUGGACACAUGUGACAUUCUGGAGCUUUCCAAGACCGCGGUCAUCCUCCCAAAAGACAGUAAACUGUGCCCUCGGCCCUUUGCCCUCCUGCCCGCCCUGGGCCCAUCCCAUCGGGGAGCUGGUUAA